GAUGGUGAGGGAGGCGAGGAGUGAGUGGCGGCGACACCACCAGGCGGGUCCUGCUGGGUCCUCCCCUCAGCCCGCCGCCACUGCUCACCUGCGAACCACGCUCAUUGCUCACCUUGGCACAGUAGCGUGCAUACCGGGGUCGAGGCAGUCGUUCAAUGAGAACAGGGCAAACUAAAUUACCUCAUGUUGACAGCUUGAGAGACACUCGCAUGGUUGCCUUUAUAAGAAGUUGAGGUUCAUCUGGCUGUGGCCAUGGAUUCCCUGGGUGGUCAGCCAGUGACCCAGACCACUGUUCAGCCCACUGUGUGGUACAAUUACGGCACAUGGGGGGACUUGGUCAACCACCCCAUGCAGGUCCAGGUGGCUGUGCCCACUGUGCAGAUGGUUGCUGCACCCUCCCAAACACCCUCCCCAGCCCCAGCUGGUGUCCAAACCCCAGUACAAGAACAGAUGUCAGUGAUGGUUGACAUCGGACCAGCAAAGACUGCAAAGAAAACUAAGAAGCCUCCACCUGAAAAUCAAGAGAGAAAUUUCCACUGUGAGCAGUGUGGUUCUUCAUUCACUAACAGCUCCAAUCUGCGCAGUCACAUGCGCAUUCACUCAGGAGUGAGACCCUAUGUUUGUGUGGUGUGUGGCAAGUCGUUCAUCCAGAGCUCCAACCUCAAGGCACAUAAGCGAGUACACACUGGAGAGCGGCCGUACCAGUGCUCUGAGUGUGGUCAAACGUUUUCUCGGUCAUCCCACUUGGUUGGCCAUAAGCGCACACACACGGGUGAGAGGCCUUACAUCUGUGGCAUAUGUGGCGAAGCUUUCUUCACCUCGUCCCACUUAAGAAACCAUGUUCGCCGUCACACUGGAGAGAAGCCUUACGUGUGCCAGUACUGCGGGGACUCCUUCGGGCAGAGUGUUGAGCUGCGAGUCCAUGUCCGGCACCACACAGGAGAGAAGCCAUUCAAUUGCCGAGAGUGUGAGACAGCUUUCGUGUCCGCCCGUGAACUGAAGGCUCACCGCAAGACUCACCACCUGGGCUCCAAGCCAUUCAAGUGUGAGCAGUGUGACAGGUGUUUCCGCACUCCAACCUUCCUGAGUAAGCACCAGGUGAGGUGUAAAGGCCCCAGACCAAAGAGACCCAAAGGAAGGCCACGGAAAUACCCCAGGCUAGAUGGAGAAGAACCUCCUUGGAAAAAGCCAAAGAAGCGGAAAAAUAAGCGACCUGCUGCACCAACUGACAGAAUCUCCCGUUCCACCACAAGAGCAAUUCGCAAUGCUCAGAUGAAGAAAGAGGCAGACGAUUCCAACAGUGAGGAAGGCUCACACAAGUUAAAAGAUGAAAGAAAAGUUGAACCUCAGGAGGAAACUUCUCUAGUUCAAGAUACAGUAGCUGUAAGUCUAGAAGACAUUGGUGGUAUGAAAGCUGAAGAGCUAGUGUCAGAAGAGCAGAUGUCACAACUCCCAAUGGUCCCUGUAGUACAAGUAAUAUUAGAUAACCUUGGCCAAGGGGGUGACGGCCUCGAUCACACACAGCAGCAGACCAUUGUGUUGCAGCCUACAUCAUCAGGCAUGCAGACUAUACAGGUGCCUGGUGGUCAGAACCAGCAGCAGAUUGGUGUGAUAGACCUCUCAGGUCAGCACCUGCAUCAGGAUGACCAGCAGCCUGUUGACAGUGUUCCUCACGGCUUGACAAUGGUCACGUCACACUUGCCAAUAACAUCAAAUGAUCACCAGCACCUUCCUGUCAUAUCUGCUCACCAGGUGGUCUCGGGUCACCAGCAGUCACCAGCAGUGUCAGCCCAUCAGCAUUCCUCUCAGCAGCAGCUUCCUGUUGUCAGUGCUCACCAACACCAGCCACUGUCUGUUGUGGCAGCUCACCAGCAGAUACCUAGCAUAACAGCACACAAGCAGGGUCUGAGCAAUCACCAGUUGCCAGCUGUUACAGCUCACCAGCAAGCCAUCAACUCUCACCAGCAGCUACCAGUUGUGUCAGCUCACCAGCAAACGCUCAAUGCCCACCAACAAGUCCUUGUUGUAUCAGCUCAUCGCCAGACUGCUGGAAAUCACCAGCAAGUGCCUGUUGUUUCUGCCCACCAACAGAAUACCAGCAUUCACCAGCAGACAUCUGUAACAGCCCACCAGACAGUGCCAGUAUUAGCAGCACACCAGCAAGGUCUUGUUGUGUCAGCCCACCAAGUGCCUGUUGCAUCCACCUCCAAAGAGGAAGGUAUAGACACAAGUUCCCAGGUUGUAUAUGGGUCUGGACAGCCUUAUGUGGUGGACCUCUCAAGCCCAGCCCUCAGUACUCAAGUCCCCUUAGUGAACCAAGCUGUGACAUCAUCUCAGUUCACCAGACCAUAGCAUGACACUCUAGACUCGCCUCACCAAACUGUGUCCGUUUCCCUUCUGUCUCCUUAGUGAUACAUCUUGGCAUUAUUAUCUGGAUUUAGAGUAUUAUUGUACUAUUGGUAUGUGCCGCUGUAGUUUUUACAUUUGCCAGGAGAUGCAGAGUUAAGUUAAGAUUCUUCGUGCCAGUGGUGUUGGGGUGGGCAGCUGUCACACCAAUGCAAGGAUUCCCCUUUGGAGAACUGAAGUGCCAAAUUGGAUAACAUUACUGGCAGUGGUUUUGUACAAGUUUAGAUAUAUAAUGAUAACUGUUGAUAUGUGCAUGACAAUUUGAGAGUAGCACAAAUCUUAUAUAUAAAUCUCUAUCUAUCUAUCUAUCUGUCUAUCCAUCUAUCCAUCUCUCCAUCUAUCCAUCUAUCUAUCUAUCUAUCUAUCUAUCUAUCUAUCUAUCUAUCUAUCUAUCUAUC